GCGCGCCGCCACGUCACCCCGACUCGCCACGUCAGCAAGGGAUCACGGAAAAGCGGAGAGAUCCCCCUCACUUUCCCUCCAAAUAGCUUGGCUCGCUGCUUCUCUUCUCCCGCGCUUUUUUUGCAGCGAGGUCCCUCAGGUUGCGUGGUAUUUGCGUUGGUUGGGAGGGGGGCAAUGGCGAGCGGCGGCGCGCGGCGGAGGAAGGGUCGCCGGGGAGGGAGGGGGAAUGUGAAGAGGAGGACCAAGUAUCUGAGUCUUAGUCGGUUCUUGAUUAAGAAGGAGGAGGAGGAGGAGGUGGUGGUGGUGGCGGUGAGGUCGCCGGAGUUGGUGCCCAAGGAUGAGGCGCCGUCGUCGCCGGAGGACGGUGGGGAUGGAGGUGAGGAUGAGGAGGAAAAGCCGCAGAUGGAGCCGUUCGCGCUGCAUCCUGAGCCGUCCACGCUGUUCGCGGCGGCGCCGUCGCUCACCGACAUCCUCGGCGCCUCCGCUGGCGGCGGCGGCGGUGGCGGGGGCGAGUCGUCGUCCGCGGCCUCGCCGGGCGUUUCUGGCGGGAAGGAGCUCUCCGGCGAGGAGGAUGACCUGGCGCGGCGCGCGCUACGGGGGCGGGAGCGGUGGGUGUACUGUAGCAGCUCGUCCCCGAGCGCGACGACCACCACCACCACCACGACGUCGUCCUCGUGCUCCUCCGCGGCGAGCACGGGCGCCUCAAGCGGCGGCGCCGCGGCGCGGUCGCUGCUGCUGAAGCUCGACUACGAGGAGAUCCUCGCCGCCUGGGCGGGCCGCGGCUCGCUCUACAUCGGCGGCGCCGCCGCCGCCACCGCCGGUGGCACGGACAACGCCGCGGCGGAGCUGGAGCUCGACUCCGUGUUCGUCGAGGUGUCGGCGUCGCCUGAGCCCGCGGCGGCGGCGGCGGCAUGGAGCGUGGCGGAGCCGGCGGCGAGGGCGGAGAAGGUGAGGCGGUACAAGGAGAAGCGGCAGGGGCGGCUGUUCGCGAAGCGGAUCCGGUACGAGGUUCGCCGGCUCAAUGCCGUCAAGCGGCCGCGCCUGAAGGGCCGUUUCAUAAAGGAGAAGGAAGGCGCCGCAAUCACAUAGAGAAAGCCAGCUCCAGCUGCUUACAUAGCCUUCCCUGCUCUCUCCAAUGCCAUGGUGGAUGCAUCAUUAUGCAUCUCUCCAUCGCUUCUUCGCGUGUACAUGAUCUGUUAGUUAUUUUGUUUAGUUCUCCAGUCCUCAUCAUGUCCAAAUCAGUUCUUCUGCCCUGGGGCUGCAAGUUGUGAGCCUUCAGGUGCAGAGAUGCAGUGUGGAUUAUGUCUCAUAGGAUGAAAAUAACAGCAAUUCAGUUCAGUUCAGCCAUGAUGUGCCCAACUGUUCAUCAACGAUCAGUUCAACAUUUUGUAAUGUCUUCAGGUGCUGGUUGUCGUUGAGAGAUUUAAUAUUGGCUUCUCCACAAAAUAGGGCAAAAUCAUCUUCCAUUAUUUGUAAAGAACCAGUAAUGCCUUAUUUGGGGAAUUCGAGAUUUGGACAGGUAA